GCGCUUCCGCCGGCCCCUCGCCUCGGCGCUGACAGACGGGCCGCGGCCUCGCGCGCGUCGGCAGCGAGCAUGGGUGACAAGAAGAGCCCCACCAGGCCGAAGCGGCAGCCGAAGCCCGCCUCGGAUGAGGGCUACUGGGACUGCAGCGUCUGCACCUUCCGGAACAGCGCCGAGGCCUUCAAGUGCAUGAUGUGCGAUGUGCGGAAGGGCACCUCCACCCGGAAACCUCGCCCUGUCUCCCAGCUGGUCGCACAGCAGGUCACUCAGCAGUUCGUGCCCCCUACCCAGUCGAAGAAAGAGAAGAAAGACAAAGUAGAGAAGGACAAGAGUGAGAAGGAAGCAGCUAGCAAAAAGAACUGUCACAAGAAAACCAGACCAAGAUUAAAAAAUGUGGACCGGAGUAGUGCUCAGCACUUGGAAGUCACUGUUGGAGACCUGACAGUCAUUAUUACAGACUUUAAGGAGAAAGCCAAGCCAGCGCCGGCAUCCAGUGCUGCUGCUGGGGACCAGCACAGCCAGAGCGGCUGCAGCUCCGACAACACUGAGCGGGGAGUGUCCAGGUCCUCCUCACCCCGUGGAGAAGCCUCUUCCCUGAACGGAGAGUCUCACUAAACAUUCUCGCUCCACUUAGUCAUGCCUGUCCUCCAUGGAAAUACGGAUUAUGCCAACAACUACCACAUUUCCAUGACAGACACACUCAUGCAUAACCUAUAAUUUGAGUUUUACAUGAAGUAUGAAUUUGCCAGGAUUUAUUAGAGUUUAUUGCGGUGUAAGCUACCGAACAUUUCCAGACUUAACAUUUUGGUCUCUGCUAUUA